AACAUGUCUCCUUUCGCCUUCUUGUUGCUCUGCAUCCAGGCUUGCUUGGUCCAGAAUGCGUACAGCGCAUGUCUUGGAGCUGGACUCGGUUUGGGUUACGCCGAUGGAUGGGCCGGUGAAUGUGGCCGCGGAUACGGACCCGGCUUAGCGACCGAAUUCGGCUAUGGACCCGGACUUGGUCUUGGCUACGAAACCGGACUUGGACUUGGCUACGGACUCGCUGGCCCUGCUGCCAUUGCUGGCCCAGCUUACGGAGGUACCGGCGUCGGCGACAUUGCCGUCGCUGGUGAGAUGGGUGUUGCCGGUACUACCCUUGUCGCUGGACAGGUGCCUAUCCUGGGUGCUGUCAGAUUUGGAGGAGAUGUGCCAGCUGGAGGUGUUGUCUCCAUCGCCGGCAGCUGCGCUGGUGGAUGUGGGUGCAACGGCGCUUAUAACGGCGGUUACCUGUACUAA